AUGGAGAAACCCGAAUCCACAGAGAUAUUUGUUUCCAGAAUAGAGAACCUGGUGUUCUCGGGCUCAGAAAAGCCCUCCAGGCAGUGGCGAUCUUGCCAUAGGUGCAAGCUUGGAAGAAAAAAGUGUGAUUACAGUUUUCCAAGUUGUCUGUCUUGUCUCAAAGUUGGGGCUCCUUGUUUUGGAUACCAUCCUGUCACCAAAGAAGCAUUACCCAGGAGCGUGGUAAUGUUCCUCCGAGAAACAGAAAGAAAACUACAAAAACGUCUAGAACAAGUUGAACAGGCCAAUAAUAAGGAUGAGACAGGAAUUUCAGCUUCUUAUAUUCGAAAAAUGGUGGCUUCUGUGGGGAGACCUUUGGUGGAUGUGACAACGCCAAACUCAGAACAAGACAUUACCGAGUAUAAUCUGCAGUAUCGAAAAGCACUAAUUUUGAUGUUUCUUUUACGUCCUUCCAGCAUUCCUGCUCCAUUUUGCAGAAGGUGUGAUCAUCCGCUGUCGGAUCCCGAACCAUGUGCACAUCCAGUUGAUCUCGCUUCGUUGCCGAGAGACAUUUUCGACCAUCUACUGAACCAGUUUGUGAGCGUGCAAUUGCCCCAGUUUCCGUGUGUUUCAGAGGGGGAGAUUAAAGAGUCCAGACUGAGGGUCCUGGGUCAGGCUGAGUCUCCAGCAGAACCCCACGAUGUGGUGUUGAUUUCCAUCGUCAUGGCUAUAAGUGCGAACACUUUGCAUUGGAAGGACGAAUCCAAUGCCAUUGCCUCGUCAAACGCCCUUUUUGCAACGGCAGUAUCUCAUUUGACGCAAAUAGUAUGGCUUCCCAAUUGUAAGACUUUGACUCUUCUGCUGCUGUUUGCCUAUUACGGAUAUGCGAACCCAGCCUUCUGUGAUAGUGCCUACGUGAUGCAGAUUGCCGUGAGAAUAUGCUUGGUGUUGGGCCUUCACAAGGAAUCCACAUGUCAUCUCGACACUGUUGAGCAGGAUACCAGGAGACGUCUUCUACUGGUCACACUCAGUGCUGAGCGCGCAUUCACCUCGCUCUUGGGAGUUCAGAUGGGUUUCGACACGGCCACAGUCAGUGCUCUCUUCCCAUCUGUACUUGGUGAUCAAUACAUUACAACGAAGGGCUUUCUAAAGGAUGGUGUAGCCACUAAAGUUGCCUCUAUAACUCUCUGGCGCUUGCGGUGCCUUGAAACCGAGAUCUACGAUGUCCUGUGGCUGGGAUCAAAUCCUGUGACUUUCGACUCAAUUGAGAUGUGGAGAGAAGAAACCAUGAGGCUAUUAGAUCAAUGGUACGAGGAUAGUCUUGAGUUCCACUCUAAGCAUCAGCUUAACUUUCGAACUGCUGUCACGAACUUUCAGAAGGCUAGACUUACCAGAAGAUCGCCCAAAAACCCAAAUCCUCCUCCAGAGAUGGUGAUGAUGUGUAUUGGGUUCAUCGAAGGCUUCACAGUUCAUUACUUUGAGAAUAUAAAAAACGGGACUGUCUCGUUCAAUCUCUUUGCUGCCUACUUUAUUGCUGAGGGUGCUGCCUGUUUGUGUGAUUUCCUAUGGAACCGUCAAGAGGUGGUAGCACAGGAAACUCGAGCGCUUCAAGUGGCCAAGCUUCUGGAAAGCCAACUUCAGGUUUUGACGCAUAUCAGCAAACGAUGGCCGCAACUGUUGGAGUGUAUCAAGGGGAUCGGAGAAUUGAAACUUCACAUUCUCGCAGCGAAGUAUCCCCAGCUUCUUUCUAAUGAUGUCAAGCCCCAGACUACUUUGACCGAAUUUGAGAUCUCCGAAGAGGUUGAGAUUCGCGUUUUCCCAAACGCUGACAAGUCGGGUGGUGAAUACAAAGGCGAUCCAAGUAACUUCAACAGAUAUGACUUCUCCGGCGAAGAUAUGGAUUUUUUGUUAUCCAGUGGACCUAUUGAUUCUCCAGAUAUUUGGAGUAUUGAGCAUUUGAUAGGUGCAGAAUUCUUCUGA